GAUCUAGACUUGCUAUAUAAAAAGUUACAUGCUUUUGUCUACUAUCUUGGCUGUGGUAGGGCAGAGACAUGGAUUCUAGGAAGGUAGAAGGGGGCCCAUCUGGGGCCCUCCCUGUGAGUAUUCUCAGAGUACUCGUGGGCUUAUGAGUCCUGCUUCUCGCAUAUGUGUAACAUGGGAUUCUUGCUUCCAUGUAUCUAUGGGAUUUCGUGAAAUCCCUGGACUGUAGAUUCUGAAGACUGAAAAGACUUGAGCUGACAAUGAGAAGAGGCACUCAUCAUGUAUUUGUCAAGUACUAUUCUAAGUGCUUUAUACUCAAUCUCUGGAUCUCACUGAACGUGAAAUCACCCUGUGAAGUGAUGGGAGAGUGACUCUCUUUUACAGAUAAGGCCUCAAUGGUAAGGACAUGAAGUAAGAUUACAUUAAGUGCUAAAUAGCAGAGUUACUUCUCAAUUCAGAUCUGUUAUUCCCGAAGCCCAUGUCAUUCUGUAUGUCCCUUUUGUGUACAUGGGUAGUAGAGGUUGUGAGAAGGUAAGAUCACAAUCCCUCUUCUUCCUGCUUCAUCUAGAUCUUUUUACUUCACUAUUUCCUCUUUUAAAAAGUAUUUAUUGCCAUGCCUUAUCUCAAGUAUUUCUGGCCCAUGUAUACAUUCAUCUAAGUGUUACGCUGAUGCAAAAGUUACUGGAGUUUUAAGCUCUUAGGUAGAAUGAGGCUUAUAUAUAUUUUUUAAUGGAAUUAUCAAUUACUUGAUUAGAUUUCUUUUUUAGUGAAGCAUUUUCUCCAAGACUCCUAUAAAGAGACACUGUCCCCAUGUGCUAUUAAAAGUUGAGCCUCAUGACUGGUGUCUGACUGUUAUUUCUUUUAGCAAAGUCAGAGGGUGCAGUCUGUGAUCUCAUGUAAAAAAAAAUAGCCACCAAGGGCAUACCAAGCAUUCGUUUUAGAUCUUUAAUUUUGGUAAGUCCACAUUUUCAACACAGAUUAAAUUUGUCUGAUUUAUUUCAGAAGUAUAUAUUCCCAAGGAGUCCAAGACAAACGAAUUCAAAUGCACAGCGUAGAUCUACAGAAUACAGAGAAGCACUUCUGAAGCCUUUGGUGGAGAAUUAAUAAAAGCGCACAUGGAUAAAAUGAUCAUCUUAAAGGAUUUCAGCUCCAAAAAUAUAUCAGCAGGACUGGACAGGCUUGACAUAAUGAGAUUUCUAUUUUAGCUUGACUUUUGGAACUCUGAGUAAACUAUAAACUGGGCUACCCGAGAUCCUAGGAAGGAUUAUUUUCCUUCUUCGGAUCCUUUGAAAAAGGAUAUUUAGUCGCCAGUUUCCUGAGGAAUAAGACUUAAGUAGACAUCUUCCAGUGUCUAAUAUAUGAAGUAGAUAGAAAGGAGCAAUCCGUGUCAUUCUGUAAAACAAAUCAAAGAAACUGAUACUGGGCAGGAAGAGGAGAAAUCUGUAUCCAAACGAGAGAGGAGAUGGCAGAAGCACCUGUGGAUCCCUCAACUCUGCCUGUAACUGUGAAGAAAAAGAAAAGUCUGUCCAUCGAGGAAAAGAUUGACAUCAUAAAUGCAGUGGAAAGUGGCAAGAAAAAAGCCGAGAUUGCAGCUGAAUAUGGAAUAAAGAAAAAUUCACUGUCUUCUAUUAUGAAGAACAAAGAUAAAGUUCUAGAAGCCUUUGAAUCGCUGAGAUUUGAUCCAAAGAGGAAAAGACUGAGAACUGCUUUUUAUACUGAUCUGGAAGAGGCAUUAAUGAGAUGGUAUCGAAUUGCUCAGUGUCUAAAUGUACCAGUUAACGGGCCAAUGUUGCGUCUAAAAGCUAAUGAUUUUGCCCAGAAACUGGGACAUAAUGAUUUUAAAUGCAGUAAUGGUUGGCUGGACCGUUUUAAAUCCAGAUAUGGUUUAGUAUUCAGAGCACAACCUGUAGAAGCCACAGGCCUAUCAGUAGACCCAUCGUCUGUCUGGUACCAAAAUAUUCUCCCUUACUAUUUAAAUGAUUAUCAUCCUAAAAAUGUUUUUAAUAUCAAAGAGACUGGACUCCUUUAUCGAAUGUUACCUACAAAUACAUUUGCAUUUAAAGGAGAAACUUGCUCCAUUGGAAAAUUGUACAAAGACAGAAUAACUCUGGCGGUUGGUACAAAUAUGGACGGCUCAGAGAAACUUCCUUUGCUUGUCAUUGGGAAAAACCGAAGUCCACAUUGCUUCAAAGAUCUAAAGUCACUGCCUGUGUAUUAUGAAGCUAACAGAAUGGCCUGGAUGACCCCAGAUAUCUUUGAACAGUGGAUGCAGAAGCUCGAUGAGAAGUUUCAAGCCCAGCAACGAAGAGUGGUGAUUUUUGUUGACUCCUUUCCUGCACAUCCGGAGGUAAAGAACCUAAAGUCCAUUGAGUUAGCAUUCUUUCCAUCAUGUUUAUCUUCUAAGUUCGUAGCUAUGAAACAAGGUGUUAUUAAAAGCCUUAAAAUCAAAUAUCGACACUGUCUUAUCAAGAAAUUCUUAAGCUCUGUUGAAGGUAGCAAAGAAUUUACAUUUUCACUGCUGGACGCAGUUGACACGCUGCAUCUCUGUUGGAGGGCUGUGACCCCAGAGACAAUUGUUAAAAGCUAUGAAGAAGCAGGAUUCAAGUCUCCGAAGGGAGACAAUGACUCAACCAAUGUGGAGAGUGCCACGGAUCUUGAUUUGGUGGCGCAUGCCCUGGGGGCGGGAGUGGAAUUUCCUGAAGGUUUGUCUAUAGAGGAGUACGCCGCCCUGGAUGAUGGUUUGGAGACUUGUGAAGCAACGCCAAGUGAGGACUUGGAAUGGACCAAAGCCAGGAGACGUGAUGAGACUGGACUUUAUACUUCUGAUGAUGAAGAAGAAGAAGAAGAAGGGGAAUGUCUAGGAUCGGAAUCCCUUCUACCAUCAAAAGCAGAAGCAGUUACUGCUUUAGACACCCUUAAAAAAUUUCUUAGAAGUCAAGAUAUGAAUGAUGGACUUCAUGACUCUUUAGCAGACCUUGAAAAUUUUAUUAACUCCUUAUCACCAAAAUAAUUAUGUAUCGUACAUCUCAAGAAUAAUAACUUCCUGAUGUAUUUUUAUCAUAUGAGAUAUGCAAAGAGAAAUACCACUUAAAUAUGAAAAUUAAAAAAAAAACUAGUCUUUGGCUUAAUCACCAAAGCCUUUGAUCUGAAUAGUUAAGUAAAUAAAUAAUGAUAAAGCCAGUAAAAAUGUAAAAUUCUACUGAGCAAGAUUUCAGGGAGUAGAAAAUAUAUUUCAGAAUCUUUGUACUUGAAAAUGAUAUAUAUACAUAUAAUGUAUAUAUACACACAACUCUUCAGCUGUCUAAGUUAUACAUAUUAAACUGAUGAUUUUUUUGUGUUUUUUUAAGUUUAGAUCAUGUUCUAGAAUAAUUUACGUAGUAUAAGAAACAAACUCAGUAGUUUAAAUGCUUAUUUUUAUAAGGUUAUACAUAUGCUGUAUUGUUCUAACUAAACUUUUAAAUACCAAAGUCAUUUCAAGUUAUUUUUCUUAUCUUUAAUCUUCCUUAUAAAAAUGACAUAAAAUAUUAAUGAUGAAUUUUGACCUACUUGUGCACCAAGAUGUUUUAAAGUAUACAUUACUACUUUCAGGUGUCAUGAAUAUAAGGUCAAAUGUAAAACUACAACCCUAUCAAGUUUUGUGUCAUUGAUCACCAGAAGAAAUGGGUCCUUCUAAAUAAUACAUGUGUCUAAUGGAAAAAUGCUUUAGUAGAAUAUGUAUUAAACUUACAUCUAUUUUAGUAGGAUUAAUUUUAAAAUAUAUAUUUGAAGAAUCAAAUGUAGUUACUAAAAAAGAAAAUAUGUGGUGCUUAAAUAAUUAAUUAUAACAGCUCAAGCUUUUAAUUUAUGUUAUUUAAUUAUUGAUUUUUUUUCCAGGAAAAACAAAAUGUCAUUUUAGCAUAUUUUGGUAGUUAAACUUUUUUCUCCUAAAUUUAAUAUUUUGGAUUUAAGUUGUUUGAGAAGGUUUUAUAUACAGAAUCCUUUAAAAGACUGAAAUUACUUAAUUUCUAUCCAAAAAAGUUUUUAAACAGAAAAUUAUAACAAUGUCAGACUUUUCCAUUAUUCAGUAUAAAAUAGUAUGCUUAUUUAAUUUACACCUAUUUUAGGUACCCUUUGAAAAAUACUUUUUAAAAAUGCAAAGCAUCCAGAUUAUUUUAUUAUGAAUUAUUAAUCUGCCAACAGAUAACACAUUUGGAAAACAUAUUUGUAGAAGCCAUUUUUAUUUUUCACUGUUGAUUUGCUCUACUUUUGAGACUUACUAAGAACUUUCAAAAUAUAUUAAUAGUUUGGAAGUUUCUUUUAUAAUAAAACAUGGAUUAUUAAAAUUCAAAGCAUCUUCCCAAUGAUUCAAUUUAAAUGUUUAGUUUGGUUGAAACAUGGACCUAAAGGAGCUCUUAAAAGCCCCAUUUCCUUCUCGUUCUCCCUCCCUCCCUCCC